CGUACUUGCUUGGAAACAGAGAUUGCAGGCAGAAGUCACGCAAGUCACUGAUGUCUAUUUUAAGAUGGAGAAAAGCAACACUCAGAUCACACAGCUUUGGGGGAGAGGUCUGCACCCACGGCCUCCGAGCACCCUGCCCCGCUCGAGCGCCCCGGCCCACGUACUGGGCACCGCAUCCAGGGAGGGCAGCGGCCGGCAGCACUUCUCCAGGAAGCCCCCCGUGAUUAAACAGAGGGGCUUCUAUUCUGAUGUCAUCGCUCCCGGAGCAGCACCGCUGCUGGAGCCUUAUAUGGAGGGACCAGAGGUUCACCAGAGUCUAUUAUGUCAAACUGGCAAUGAGCAACACCUACCAAAAGCUACGACAUUCCGUGCACCUGAACACGUCUCGGAUGAGGAGCCACAUGGACCCUCUACUGAGGUCCUGCACAAGUCUGACUUCCCACUGUCAGGCUAUACGGCCAAGGUCCAGCUGCCAUUUGAUGUGAAACCGGGACAUGCACCUCGCAAAAUCGAGAUUGAGAGGCGGAGACAGAAGUACCUGUCUCUGGAUAUUUAUGAGCUGCUGAAGGAUCAGGGCAUAGACUCCAAUAAGCUAAUGCCCAGGCAUCGUGAUUCUGGAACACAGAUAAUCAUUGAAGAGACGAGUGAAUCACCUCCACCUGUUUACCUGCCUUUGGAGGUAUUUGAUGAUGAGGAGUUUGACUGCCGGACCCCAUCGGACUGGCUGUGUCUGGGAGUGGAGCCUGGUUCCAGGGACCGGAAACCAAUACCAGGAAAAGCACUGCUGCCCCAUAAUGAUGUCAUCGGACACGCGGACCCGAAAAGUGCUAAUUUGACCUACUCUUGGUACCAUGUUGGUGUUCUGGAUUACAACAAGGAGAACAAACUCUACCUGGUUCAUAAAACCGAUACCAAGGGGCUUGUGAGAGACCACCACGGGAAGCCCAUUAUCUAUAGAGGACAAUCUACUAAAGAGAGGAAGCUGCUGCCCUGCCAGUACUGGGUGCCCCGAAUCCAGCUGGCUUUCUCUGCAGAGGACCCCUGCAACUUCGUCAAACGAGUGAUGAGCGCUCACCGCCGGCGCCAGAGGACCGAGGCGCUGCUGCUCUACAACCUGUAUGUGGACUGCAUGCCAGUGGAUGGGAGGAGGUCUAUGGACAAAGACAGCCUGCAGAGAAUUAAGAAACGGGCCAUUACCACCCCCGGACUCAGGCAGAAUCUGAUACAAGACUGCCUGGAUCUUCUUGAGAAGGAGAUUGUUAUCGACUAUAACCGCACAAUGAACAAGAUUUGCUUCAAUAAAGUUGUGACUUCUCACAGGGAGCAGUUUUCUUAUGUCACCGUGCCUAAAACGAGAAUUGAAAAGGUGCCAGAGAAAGGGUUUGUGGACGUCCCAGACUACCCGUUUGCUGAGAACAGAAAAGCCUUCUGCUUUACCUCUCUGCUGACAAAACCCGAGACGAUUGCCGCUGUGUCCAAAGUGCGUGCCGAGUGUAACAAAGUGGCGGCCAUGUCCUUGUUCCACGUGAACCUGACCAAGUGCCUCCGUCUGGAGGAGUUUGAGCAGACCCAGUCCCAGGCGUACUCACAGGUGCAGCUGUUUCUGAAGGACAGCUGGGUGAACACCCUGAAGAACGGCGUGCGGUCCAGCCUGCAUGACGUGGGGAAGGGCUGGUACAGCCUGCACGAGUCCAGCUGGGAGGUGUACCGCAUGUCCAAACUCUACAAGCUGAUGGAGCGCAUCAAGUUCAGCCUGCAGGACUCCCUGCGCUUCCUGGUGCAGGACUCCCUGGUGAACUUCACGCAGCUCCUCCUGGAUGCCUGCCACAGCGUGCUCCGCUGCUCCGAUGACAUGGACUGGGGCAGCGACCUCAUCAACAGCCCCUUCAAGCCCAAAAGGAACCCUUUGUUUUUUGUGGACCUGGUGCUGGAUAAGUCUGGGGUUCACUUCAGCACCCCGAAGGAGAAUUUCGAGAGGUCCCUGUUAGCCCUGUUUGAUAAAGGAAUCCUGGCAACGCACAACGUUCCUCAGCUGCAGAAGCUUGUGCUGAAGAACAUGUUCAUCAGUGGGGUCCCCCUUCUGGAGUCAGUGGGGCUGCACGAGCCCCCCGUGGAGGAGCUGCGCGAAAACAUCCGCAGCGCCGUCCACAAAGCCUUGAUCCCGCUGAGCGCCUACGCCAAGCAGUACGAGAGGCACCUGGAGCUCAGCAACAUGGACAUCGACCACUUCAUUAAGUCGUACAUUAAGCAGGAGCGCACUAUCCAGGAUGUGAAGAAGGACGUCUACAUGCACCUGGCUGAGAAGGAGCUGCUGGACAACACCCUGCCCUCCUCCAUCAUCAUCGGGCCCUUCCUCGUCAACGUGGACACGGUGCGGCAGGGCCUGUCCAAGAAGCGCAAAGCCCUGGCCAACGCCAUCCUCGACCAGCUGGCAUGCAAACUGCGCAAGCAAAUCGAAGCCGCUUGUGAUGAGUGCAAAGCCAUCAGCAGGAAGCUGUAUGAGAAGCCGAACAGCAUUGAGGAGCUGGCGGAGCUGAGAGAAUGGAUGAAGGGGGUCCCUGAGCAGAUGAAGCUACACGAGGAACUCACUUCCAAGCUGAUGGUGGACUAUGAAUUGAUCGAUGAGUUCUUUUACAACCUCUCUGCUGAGGAUUUCAAUUUAAAAUGGACUGCAGCUGGCUGGCCUGGUAAAAUCGAUAAGCAAAUAGAAAGCAUUCAGCUCCAGCACGAAGAGGACGAGGAGAGGUUUAAUAAAAUACAAGCUGUGGAUCAGAACAACUUCAAUGAGAAGCUGGAAACAAUGCAGAUGCUCGUGGCAGGAUUCUCAGCCUACACCGAUAUCAGCCGCGCUCACGAGGUUGCGAACGAGGUGAGGAGGGUGAGCAAGCAGCUGAAGGAGUCCCAGCAGCUGGCCCAGCUUUACAACAACAGGGAGCGUCUCUUCGGCAUGCCUGUGACUAACUAUGACAAGCUGCCAAAGCUGGUCAAGGACUUCCAACCGUUCCGGGACCUUUGGACCACCACGUCGGACUGGCUGCGCUGGCACGAGAGCUGGAUGAAUGACCCGCUCACCACCAUCGACCCGGAGCAGCUGGAGAAGAACGUCAGCGAGUCCUUCAAGACCAUGCACAAGUGCGUCAAGCUGUUCAAAGACAUCCCAGCUUGUCAGGACGUGGCCACGGAUAUCCGUGGAAGGAUCGAGGAGUUCCGGCCCUACAUCCCGUUGAUCCAGGGGCUGAGAAAUCCUGGCAUGCGCAACCGGCACUGGGAGCUGCUGUCAGAGAGCAUCCAGAUGAACAUCAAGCCCAAGGCCAACUUCACAUUCUCCAGGUGCCUGGAGCUGAAGCUGCAGGACCACAUCGAGGCAAUCGCCAAGGUGGCUGAAGUAGCGGGGAAGGAGUAUGCUAUAGAGCAGGCUUUGGACAAGAUGUUGAAGGAAUGGUCUACGGCCGUUUUCGAAGUUUUACCCUACAAGGAGACCGGAACCUUUAUCCUCAAGAGUCCGGACGAGGCGUCCCAGUUGCUGGACGACCACAUAGUGAUGACCCAGAGCAUGUCCUUCUCCCCGUUCAAAAAACCCUUUGAGGGGCGGAUCAGCACCUGGGAGAGCAAACUGAGAAUCACACAGGAUGUGCUGGAGGAGUGGCUGACAUGCCAGCGCUCCUGGCUCUACCUGGAGCCCAUCUUCAGUUCCGAGGACAUCAACCGGCAGCUCCCAGUGGAGAGCAAGAGAUACCAGACCAUGGAGAGGACCUGGAAGAAGAUCAUGAAGAACACCAAUGAGAACAGACAGAUUAUUGAACUCUGCCCUGAUCCGCGGUUGCUGGAGAACCUGAGAGAGUGUAACAAACUCCUUGAGCUGGUGCAGAAGGGACUGAGCGAGUACCUGGAGACCAAGAGGGGGGCCUUCCCAAGAUUUUACUUCCUAUCAGACGAUGAGCUUCUGGAGAUCUUGUCCCAAACGAAAGAUCCUACCGCUGUGCAGCCCCACCUCCGGAAAUGUUUCGAAAAUGUGGCGCGGCUGAAGUUCCAGCAGGACCUGAAGAUCACCCACAUGUACUCCGCAGAAGGGGAGGAGGUGGAGCUGUUCAAGCCGGUCUAUCCCUCGGGCAAUGUGGAGGACUGGCUUCUCGAAGUGGAGAAGUCCAUGAAGGCCAGUGUGCGGGACAACAUCGAGCGAUCCCUGAAGGAGUACCCCAAGAAACCUCGCACAGAAUGGGUACUGUCCUGGCCUGGGCAGGUGGUCAUUGCUGGGUGUCAGACGUUCUGGACAGCAGAGGUGUCGGAGGCUCUGGAGAAGGGAGAUCUGACUAGCAGACUGUACCCAGUGCUCGAGACUCAGCUCAACGACCUUGUUGCGCUGGUCAGAGGAAAGCUGUCCAAAAUGCAGAGAGCGGUGCUGUCUGCACUGAUCGUGAUUGAAGUGCAUGCAAAGGAUGUGGCAGCCAGGCUCGUGGAAGAGAAUGUGCAGAGCGUCAAUGACUUUGAAUGGAUCAGCCAGCUCAGGUAUUACUGGACCAGAGAGGACUUAUACAUCCGCGCAGUGAAUGCUGAAUUUCUCUAUGGCUACGAGUACCUGGGAAACUCAGGUCGCCUGGUCAUCACUCCCCUCACAGACAGGUGCUACCUGACGUUGACUGGAGCUCUGCACCUGAGGUUCGGUGGGGCCCCAGCAGGUCCCGCUGGCACUGGGAAGACAGAGACCACCAAAGACCUGGGGAAAGCACUGGCCAUUCAGACCGUGGUGUUCAACUGCUCGGACCAGCUGGACUUCAUGGCCAUGGGCAAGUUCCUAAAAGGACUGGCCAGCUCUGGCGCCUGGGCCUGUUUUGAUGAGUUUAACCGGAUCGACGUGGAAGUCCUGUCAGUGGUGGCACAGCAGAUCACAACCAUUCAGAAAGCACAGCAGCAACGGGUGGAGCGGUUUGUGUUUGAAGGGGUGGAGAUUCCCCUCGUAGCCUCCUGUGCAGUCUUCAUCACCAUGAACCCCGGGUACGCUGGGAGGACCGAGCUACCUGACAACCUGAAGGCGUUGUUCCGUCCAGUGGCUAUGAUGGUCCCCGACUACGCUAUGAUCGCGGAAAUCUCCCUGUACUCUUUUGGGUUCAACAAUGCCAAAGUUCUGUCCAAGAAAAUAACAACCACUUUCAAACUGUCGUCUGAGCAGCUGAGCUCCCAGGAUCACUAUGACUUCGGGAUGAGAGCUGUGAAAACUGUGAUCUCCGCGGCUGGAAACCUAAAGAGGGAGAACCCCACCAUGAACGAGGAGCUGAUCUGCCUGCGAGCGAUCCGUGACGUCAACGUGCCCAAGUUCCUUCAGGAUGACCUCAAACUGUUCAACGGCAUCGUCUCCGAUCUCUUCCCCAAGAUUCAGGAGCAGGCCAUCGACUACGGCAUCCUGGAGCAGUCCAUCCGCAAAGUCUGCAAAAGCAAAUGCUUGAAAGACGUUGACAGUUUUAUUACUAAGUGUAUUCAGCUGUAUGAAACCACAGUUGUAAGACAUGGCCUGAUGCUGGUCGGCCCCACUGGAUCUGGUAAAACAAAGUGCUACGAAGUGCUCGGAGCAGCACUGACAGCUCUGAAAGGGCAGCCGUCAGUCAGUGGAGGAACGUAUGAAGCUGUCUAUACCUCCAUUCUGAACCCCAAGUCUAUCACCAUGGGGCAGCUGUACGGGGAGUUCGACUUGCUAACUCACGAGUGGACUGAUGGGAUACUGUCUUCCCUGAUCCGAGGGGGGGCUUCAGCCAGCGACUCUGACAAGAAAUGGUACAUGUUUGACGGGCCAGUUGAUGCAGUUUGGAUUGAGAACAUGAACACCGUGCUGGAUGACAACAAGAAGCUGUGUCUGAGCUCGGGAGAAAUCAUCAAGCUUACAGAUGUGAUGACGAUGAUGUUCGAGGUGCAGGACCUGGCCGUGGCGUCUCCAGCGACAGUGUCGCGCUGUGGGAUGGUUUACCUGGAGCCCAGCAUACUGGGACUGAAGCCCUUCACCGAGUGCUGGCUGAGGACCAUCCCAGAGAUCAUGCAGCCCUUCACCCAGCAGUUCAUAGAUCUGUUUGACAAGUUCCUGCAGGACUCCAUUGCUUUUGUACGUAAGUCGGUGAAGGAGGUGAUCGCCUCAACAGACAGUAACCUGGUCUGCAGCAUGCUCAGAAUCCUGGACUGUUUCUUUCAACCCUUUGUUCCAAAGGAGGGGGAGAAGGGGCUGCCCCAGGAGAAGCUGUCCCGCAUUUCAGAGCUGAUCGAACCCUGGGUCAUCUUCUCUCUGGUGUGGAGUGUGGGGGCUACUGGAGACGCCAACAGCAAUGUGGGGUUCAGCAAGUGGCUGAGAGACAAGAUGAAGGAGGAGGGGAUCAUGCUGUGUUUCCCAGAUGAAGGCCAGGUUCAUGACUACAGACUCAAUGACGCUGGAAUCAGCAGCAAAGCUGAUGACGAGGAUGAGGAAGGAGGAAGCAGACAAGUGCGCUGGGUGAACUGGAUGGAGUCGGCACCCACAGUCGUCAUCACCCCCGAAACCAGCUACUCUGACAUCAUCGUCCCGACGCAGGACACCAUCCGCAUGUCCUACAUGAUGGACAUGCUGCUCAGGAACAAAAAACCUGUGCUGUGUAUCGGACCCACAGGUACCGGCAAGACCCUGACUGUUUCAGACAAGCUGCUGAAGAACAUGCCGCAGGAAUACGUGACCCAUUUCCUGAUGUUCUCAGCCCGGACCUCCGCCAAUCAGACACAGGACUUCAUCGACAGCAAGCUGGACAAGAGGCGCAAAGGUGUCUUUGGCCCCCCUCUGGGGAAGUAUUUCAUUUUCUUCAUCGAUGACUUGAACAUGCCAGCGCUGGAGACGUACGGAGCCCAACCCCCGAUCGAGCUCCUGCGGCAGUGGAUGGACCACCGGGGCUGGUACGACAGGAAACAGAUCGGAACCUUCAAGCAGCUGGUGGAUAUUAACUUUGCGUGUGCCAUGGGCCCCCCUGGUGGGGGGAGGAACCCCAUCACCAGCCGCUUCAGCCGUCACUUCAACUACCUCUCCUUCACGGAGAUGGAGGACAGCAGCAAACUGAAGAUCUUCUCCACCAUCCUGGGGAGCUGGAUGGGUGUAUCAGAGCUCCAGUCCCUAAACGAGCCCUUGGUGAACGCCACUAUUAAAGUCUACUCCACCAUCUCCGCUCAGCUGCUCCCCACCCCAGCCAAAUCUCACUACACCUUCAACCUGAGGGAUCUGUCCAAGGUGUUCCAGGGCAUUCUGAUGGCAGACAUGACCAACACAUCGGACAAGCUGCUGCUGCUGCGCCUGUGGUACCACGAGAGCUGCCGGGUGUUCCAGGACCGGCUGGUGAACGAGGAGGACAGGAGCUGGUUCGACAAGCUCCUGAGGACCAAGAUGCAGGAGUUCGGAACCAGCUUCGAGGAGGUCAUUCCCAGCAGACCAGUCCUGUUCGGGGACUUCAUGGUGCCAGGGACCGACAAGAAAGUGUACAAGCUCAUUGAAGACAAAGACAAGAUUGUGCGAGUGAUCGAGGAGUACAUGGAGGAUUUCAACCAGAUCAGCACAACGAAAAUGAAGCUGGUUCUGUUCAUGGACGCCAUUCAGCACGUGUGCCGGAUCAGCAGGAUCCUGCGGCAGCCCCUCGGCAACGCUCUGCUGCUGGGGGUGGGGGGCAGCGGCAGGCAGUCCCUCACCAAGCUCGCUUCACACAUGGCUGAAUAUGAAUGUUUCCAGAUUGAACUGGCCAAAAACUACGGGAUGUCAGAAUGGCGCGAAGACAUCAAAGGCAUAAUGCUGAAGGCAGGGAUGCAGAAUGCUCAGAUCACCUUCCUGUUUGUUGACACACAGAUAAAAAACGAAUCGUUCCUGGAGGACAUCAACAACAUUUUGAACUCAGGGGAUGUCCCCAACCUGUACGCUCUGGACGAGCAGGAUCAGAUCAUGGCUGCGAUGAAGCCCAUAGUCCAGGAUCUGGGUCAGCAGCCCACCAAGUCCAACCUGCUGGCUGCGUACAUCAAGCGAGUGCGCAGCAACAUCCACACCGUACUGUGCAUGAGCCCGAUUGGAGAGGUGUUCCGCGCUCGCCUGCGGCAGUUCCCGUCUCUCGUCACCUGCUGCACCAUCGACUGGUUCAACGAGUGGCCCUCGGAGGCUCUGGAAUCCGUGGCGUCUUCAGUCCUGCAGGAAAUCCCCGCGCUCGAGUCCAGCCCGGCGGUUACUGAGGGACUGAUCCACAUGUGCGUGGAAAUUCACCAGAUGGUUGCCAGAAAAAGCAAACAAUAUUUAACCGAGCUGUCGAGACACAAUUACAUCACGCCCAAGAGCUACCUGGAGCUGCUCAGCAUCUUCUCCAAGCUCAUCGGGAUGAAGAAGAGCGAACUGAAGAGCGCCAAGCAGCGCAUGAAGACCGGACUGGAUAAGUUGCUGCGCACUGCGGAAGAUGUGGCAAAAAUGCAGGAGGAGCUGGAAGAGAUGGGACCGCUACUGGAAGAGGCUGCCAAAGACACCAUAGUGACCAUGGAAAAAAUCAAGGUGGACACUGUGGUUGCUGAGGACACGCGAGCGUCCGUGCAGGAGGAGGAGGCCAAGGCUUUGGAGAAGGCUCAGAUAGCGCAGGCGAUUGCAGACGACGCUCAGAAGGACCUGGACGAAGCCCUGCCCGCGCUAGAUGCUGCGCUUGCCAGCCUCAAAUCACUCAACAAGAAUGACGUGAUCGAGGUUCGAGCGAUGCAGCGCCCCCCGCAGGGUGUGAAGCUGGUCAUCGAAGCCGUCUGCAUCAUGAAGGGGGUCAAGCCCAAGAAGAUCGCCGGAGAGAAACCCGGCACUAAGGUGGACGACUACUGGGAGCCGGGCAAGGGUCUUCUGCAGGACCCCGGGAAGUUUCUGGAAGGUCUUUUUAAGUUUGAUAAGGACAACAUUGGAGAUACAAUUAUAAAAACAGUUCAGCCCUACAUCGACAAUGAGGAGUUCCAGCCAGCGGCCAUCGCAAAGGUGUCAAAGGCCUGCACCUCGAUCUGUCAGUGGGUCCGCGCCAUGCACAAGUACCACUUCAUAGCCCGGGCCGUGGAGCCGAAGAGGCAAGCCCUGCGCGAGUCCCAGGACGACCUGGCGGUCACUCAGAAGAUCCUGGACGAGGCGAAGAGACGGUUGGAGGAGGUGGAGGGGGGCAUCGCCAUGCUGCAGGCCAAGUACAAGGACUGCGUGUCCAAGAAGGAGGAGCUGGAGGUGAAGUGUGCGCAGUGCGAGCAGAGACUGGUCCGAGCCGACAAGCUAAUAACAGGUCUAGCUGAUGAGAAGGUGCGCUGGCAGGACACGGUUUGCAAUCUGGAGUACAUGGUGAACAAUGUGGCCGGCGACGUGCUGCUCUCUGCAGGAUACGUGGCUUACCUGGGGCCCUUCACUGGUGAAUAUCGGGCAGCGAUGGCUGACGAGUGGUUAAAGAAAUUCGACGAGUUUGGUGUCCCUCACACCAAAGAGCCAAACCUCAUCGGGACACUGGGAGAGCCUGUCAAGAUUCGCUCCUGGCAGAUCUCCGGUCUUCCUAAAGACAACCUGUCGGUGGAGAAUGGAGUCAUUGCGCAGUACUCUCAGCGCUGGUGCCAUUUCAUCGACCCACAGGGGCAGGCUAACAAGUGGAUCAAGAACAUGGAAAAAGACAAAGGCAUUGAUGUAAUCAAGCUAAGUGAUCGGGACUUCCUGCGCAGUCUGGAGAACGCCAUUCGCUUUGGGAAGCCGUGCCUGCUGGAGAACGUCGGAGAGGAGCUGGACCCAGCCUUGGAGCCGGUGCUGCAGAGAGAGACAUACAAACAUCAAGGCAGUAUGGUACUAAAGCUGGGGGAUGCUGUCAUCCCUUACCAUCAUGACUUCAAAAUGUACAUCACCACCAAACUGCCCAACCCUCAUUACUCUCCAGAGAUAUCCACCAAAGUUACACUCAUCAACUUCACACUGUCGCCAAGCGGCCUGGAGGACCAGCUCCUGGGGCGCGUGGUGGCGGAGGAGCGCCCCGACCUGGAGGAGGCGAAGAACCAGCUGAUCGUGAGCAACGCCAAGAUGAGGCAGGAGCUGAAGGAGAUCGAAGACCAGAUCUUGUUCCGGCUGAGCUCCUCCGAGGGGAACCCCGUGGACGAUGAGGAGCUCAUCAAGGUGCUGGAGGCGUCCAAGAUCAAGGCAGGAGAGAUCAAGGCCAAGGUGACGGUUGCUGAGCAGACGGAGAGGGACAUUGACCUGACCCGUCUGCAGUACGUCCCUGUGGCGGUCCGGACCCAGAUCCUGUUCUUCUGCGUGUCCGAUCUGUCCAACGUGGACCCCAUGUACCAGUACUCCCUCGAGUGGUUCCUCAGCAUCUUCAUGGCCGGGAUCAGCAACUCCGAGGGAGCAGACACUGUUGAGAAGAGGAUAGUGAACAUUAAUGAAUACUUCACAUUCAGCCUGUACUGCAACGUGUGCCGCAGCCUCUUUGAAAAACACAAACUCAUGUUCGCGUUUCUGCUGUGUGUCAGGAUCCUGAUGAACGAGGGACAAAUCGACAUGGGAGAAUGGCGCUACCUGCUGUCAGGAGGAACAGUCCAGAACAGCUCUCCCAACCCAGCCCCUGAUUGGCUGUCAGAACGAGCCUGGCAGGAUAUCCUAGCCUUGACAGGGCUCCACAAUUUCUCUGACUUGGCAGACAGCUUCACUGAGCACCUGGAUGAAUUCAAGGGAAUAUUCGACAGCAGUGAACCUCACAGAGCGACCUUGCCAGGUGGCUGGCAGACCUGUCUGGACUCCUUUCAGAAGCUGCUGAUCCUGCGGUGUCUCCGGGCUGACAAAGUCACCAAUGCCAUGCAGGACUUCGUAUCCAUCACCCUGGGGCAGAGGUUCAUCGAACCGCAGGCCUCGGAUCUGUCUGCAGUCUUCAAGGAGUCCUCCCCCACGAUCCCUCUGAUAUUCGUGCUGUCUCCCGGGACAGACCCGGCUGCAGAUCUGUAUAAGUUUGCUGAAGAAAUGAAGUUCUCCAAAAAGAUGAACGCCAUAUCCCUGGGACAGGGCCAGGGCCCGAGAGCUGAAGCCCUGACUCAUGAAGCGAUGGAGCGAGGGAAGUGGGUGUUCUUCCAGAACUGCCACCUCGCACCCAGCUGGAUGCCUUCCCUCGAGAGGCUCAUCGAAACCAUUGACGUGGACAAAGUUCAUCGUGAUUUCCGUCUCUGGCUGACCAGUCUGCCCAGUAAUAAGUUCCCAGUCUCCAUCCUCCAGAACAGCUCCAAGAUGACCAUCGAACCCCCUCGCGGGAUCAAAGCAAACCUCAUGAAAUCCUACUCCAGCCUCAGCGACGAUUUCCUCAACUCCUGUGCCAAGGCAGACAAGUUCAAAUCCCUCCUGCUCUCCCUGUGCUUCUUCCAUGGGAAUGCCAUUGAGCGCAGGAAAUUUGGUCCCCUGGGGUUCAACAUUCCCUAUGAGUUCACGGACGGAGAUCUCCGGAUCUGCAUCAGCCAGUUAAAGAUGUUCCUGGACGAGUACAGUGAGACACCCUACAAGGUUCUGAAGUACACGGCUGGCGAGAUUAACUACGGGGGGCGUGUUACUGAUGACUGGGACCGGAGAUGCAUCCUCAACAUCCUGGAGGAUUUCUACAACGCCAGAGUCCUGAGCGAAGAGCACGUGUACUCGAAGUCCGGGAUUUACAGGCAGAUUAGCACCGCCUUUGAUCUGAACGGCUACUUGCAGUACAUAAAGAGCCUGCCGAUCAAUGACACACCGGAGAUAUUCGGUCUCCAUGACAACGCCAACAUCACCUUUGCCCAGAACGAAACCUUCGCUCUGCUCACCGCAGUGGUCCAGCUGCAGCCCCGAUCCUCAGCCAGCGGGGGGAGAGGCAGGGAGGAGAUUGUGGAGGAAAUCGUUGGGAACAUUUUGGUGAAGAUCCCAAAGCCCAUCGAUGUGCAGAAUGUGAUGAAGAAGUUCCCAGUCCUGUACGAGGAAUCCAUGAACACUGUGCUGCUCCAGGAGGUCAUCAGGUAUAACCGGCUGCUGAAGGUGAUCUCCCAGAGUCUCAACGACCUGCUGAAAGCACUGAAGGGGCUGGUGGUGAUGUCAUCACAGCUGGAGCUGAUGUCAAACAGCUUAUUCAACAACGCUGUCCCCGCCAUGUGGCAAGCCAAGGCAUACCCUUCUCUGAAGCCCCUGGCGUCCUGGGUGACGGACCUGCUCCAGCGAUUGCAGUCCCUGCUGACCUGGAUCAGGGAGGGCAUCCCGCCUGUAUUCUGGAUCAGCGGCUUCUUCUUUCCGCAAGCCUUCCUCACCGGCACGCUCCAGAACUUUGCCAGGAAGUCCGUCAUCUCCAUCGACACCAUCGGCUUCGAUUUCCAGGUUAUGAAGGAGUCACUGAGCCAGCUGACAGAGCGCCCUGAAUCAGGGUGCUAUAUCCACGGCCUGUUCAUGGAGGGGGCUCGCUGGGACCCCGGCUCCUUCCAGCUGGCAGAGUCCAGACCCAAGGAGCUCUACACUGAGAUGGCGGUGAUCUGGCUGAUCCCGGUGCCCAACAGGAAGGUGCCCACCUCAGGGGUUUACGUCUGCCCCAUCUACAAGACCCUCACUCGAGCAGGGACUCUUUCAACGACUGGUCAUUCCACUAACUAUGUCAUUGCUGUGGAGCUGCCGACCGAGCAAUCUCAACAGCACUGGAUCAAGCGUGGAGUGGCUCUUAUCUGUGCCCUCGACUACUGACACAAACAAACCAGCACAAGCCUAUUACAGCCCACUACUGCUGCAGCCUGUAACGUCUAUCUUUUAUUAAGAAUACACAAAUACAUUGGUUUGACUGUAUCUUUGUGUUCAUGUGCGCUGUGUUUUUUUGUGCGAGUGUGUGUUUGUGUAGGGGCUGGGCGGUAAGCACGCUCCGUGCUGAAGCUAGCUGUCUGUUACAGUGAUCUGUGAAGGGUCACCUUUUCCUUCAGGGAUCGGAUUUCGCAGCAGUUUGGCAGGCUGUGCUGUGGCAGCUGAUCAUAAAGGAGUUAUUUUUAAUUCUGCAGAGCCUGAUGAUUUUCUGUGAUGGUACUUUGCUGUGUUAUACAAAACGAUUCUGCACAAGGAGAUCGAAAAGCACAGAUAAAAGCUCCAAAGCACACGAUCACUGGAAAUGUAAAGCAUCACUUUAAAAGAAAAAAGGAAUAGUCUUAAAAUAUUUACUCCAUAUGUGUUUAAAAUCAUCUAGGGCUAGUCAAAGCUAAUCUGUUUGCCAAAUCUGUAUAAUUAUUUAUUAGAAGAAAAUUCUACUUUACACAAGUUAAUAAUAUUCUCAUAACAUUCGACAUUGAUAAAAAAAAGUUGCUAGUCUUUUAAAGUUUUGUUUAAUUUUAUCAACUGUAUUGUUGUUGUUUUUUUUUUCUGAAUUGCCAAAGACUACUAUAAACACUGAUUGAACUGAAAUGGUCUGAUUGCUGGUAUUGCGUUUCUGUACCUGACAGCACCAUGCAAGAAAAUGAAGCUUUGUUUGUUGUUGUUUUUCUUUUUCUACAAUCUAAACAAUAUCUUGAUAAGAUUCAACACUGACCACGCACCAGUAUGUGGGGUAUGAGGAUUACCAAGGACAGGGAAGCAGUGCAGGUGCUUGUAUGUGCUGUAUACCGCCUACUAAUAUCAUGCAAUCGCUUCUCCUUGCAUGCAACCCAGGGAAACAAUACUGACAUUAAUAAGAGAGGGCAGUACUUGUGGGCAUCGCUGUACGAUUGCUAUCUCAAUGAUUUCCCAGAAAGAGCCCGUAUGUUUUGUGUAUUUGGUCACUCAGCUGGUGGACAUGUUAGUGUCUACGGCUCAUAGCUGAGAUUGUACAACCAUUAGGUAAUGGAAGUACAUAGCGCUGCAGCGAUGCCAGGAGUAACUGGAGAACACUGCCUCUUGCUAGCUGCUCCUGUUUGUUUUUCAAGGGGCAUUUCUGGUCUCAAGCCUGAGAUUAAUGAAUCUCUCCCAGAUCUGAAUUGUAUCUUCAGCCAUACAAUUAGGAGGGAUCCUGUUUCUAGUCAGGGGAUGCAUCUGGUGAAAAUGUAAUUAAGCUAAGGGAGAAAAA